GACAGUGCUUCCACUGUUCUGGCUCAUUAUAUUAUUUUAUAGAAAAAGAUAGUGAUUGAGGGUUGGUAGGAAAGGACAGGAAACGAUUGGUGCCAGCAGGAAAGUGUGUGGGCUCAGGAGCCAGAAUGGCUGAGAAGUUUGACAACCUGGAGGAACAUUUAGAGAAGUUCGUGGAGAACAUUCGCCAGCUGGGAAUCAUUGUUAGCGACUUCCAGCCCAGCAGCCAGGCUGGUCUUAAUCAGAAGCUAAAUUUUUUGGUAACCGGCUUGCAAGAUAUUGACAAAUGUCGACAACAACUUCAUGAUAUCACUGUACCCUUGGAAGUUUUUGAUUACAUUGAUCAAGGGCGCAAUCCACAACUUUACACCAAGGAGUGCUUGGAAAGAGCUUUGGCUAAAAACGAGCAAGUCAAAGGGAAAAUUGAUACCCUAAAGAAAUUUAAGAGUCUGUUAAUUCAAGAAUUAAGCAAGGUUUUUCCAGAAGACAUGGCAAAGUACAAAGCAAUAAGAGGGGAAGAUCAUCCUCCUUCAUAAAAAUAUUCCCCACUCUAAGGAGAUGGAGAAUUCUCCAUUAAAAAAAAACCCAGAAGGAUUUGCCCUCAGACAGGAGUAGAAUAUUAUCAUGGAAAUUUUAAUGGCAGUUCAUUUUAAUGGAAACUCCUCCUCUGCAAUGAAUGGAAUGAGUGUAUGAUUACAAAAACUGACAGGCCAAUAUGGAACAUGUCUACACCAAGCACACAAAAAUCACAAUUACAUGCAACUGUGAAUACAUCUGUAAUAAACUGAGCAAACAGAGAAGGAUCAAAAACAGAUACAGAUGUUUUUUCUGCCAGAGGAGAGGAUGCAUAAAGCAGGAUGCCCUUUAAAUUCAUACUAUGUUGCUGAAUCAGGUCUCUUGGCUUCAUCAAACAUAUCCAUGGAGAAACUUAACAUCCACUGGAAGAAUUAUGUUGGAUAUUUAACUACAUAAAGCAUUGCGUAGCAAGGAAAUAUUGACCAAUAGGUUCCAGUUAAUGGGACGAUGUAUAUUUGCGUUGCAAUUGUCAGAACUUCUUUGUCAAUUUGGAUCAUUUACUUUGUCUCACUAUUCGUAUGCAACGGUAUCAUUGGGAUGGCAACAUUUUAUAAAGCCUAAUGUAUUAAUCUCUGUAUUGGUUGAUGUGGUAUUAAUAAAUUCUAUUUUGGCUA